GAAGGCAAUUGUGCCUUAUCUCCAUGUUGCAGAUUUCUGUUGACUUGACUGAAGUCAAAAAGGGAGUAGGUGGAGGACAAAGCAUGCAACUCAGGCCAUGUGUGUCAAAACCUCUCUUGCUGAGAGCAGCUCCUCGCACUGGUUGGAGCUUGCACAGGUAUAUUUUGAAAACGAUACUUCUGGGCCAGAUGCUUUCCUUGUUUAUCUGUGGGACUGCUGUUACAAGCCAGUACCUAGCAGAACAAUACCAAGUGAAUACUCCAAUGUUUCAGAGUUUUAUCAGCUAUUCUUUGCUUCUUCUAGUUUAUACAACGAUGCUGGCAUUUAGGACUGGCGAUGACAGCCUUCUGCAAAUUCUGAAACAGAGGUGGUGGAAGUAUAUUUUUUUGGGACUGGCUGAUGUUGAAGCUAAUUACAUGAUUGUAAAAGCAUACCAAUACACAACCCUUACAAGUGUGCAGCUGCUGGAUUGUUUUGGGAUUCCUGUGCUGAUGGCUUUAUCAUGGUUCAUUCUCCGGGCAAGAUACAAACUGAUCCAUUUUAUUGCCGUUGCUAUCUGUUUGCUGGGUGUAGGAACCAUGGUGGGCGCAGACAUUCUGGCAGGGAGGCAGGACAGUGAAGGAAGUGACGUGGUGAUUGGAGAUGUCUUAGUUCUUCUUGGUGCUUCUUUGUAUGCCAUUUCUAAUGUGAGUGAGGAAUACAUUGUGAAAAAUCUGAGCAGAGUGGAGUUUCUAGGAAUGGUGGGCUUGUUUGGGACUAUUAUCAGCGGUCUACAGCUAGCCAUUGUGGAACAUAAGGACAUAAUGAAAAUUCAAUGGAACUGGAAGAUUGCAUUACUGUUCGCAGUAUUUGCCCUGUGUAUGUUUGGACUGUAUAGCUUCAUGCCAGUAGUGAUUAAAGUUACUAGUGCAACCUCAGUCAACUUGGGCAUUCUGACUGCAGAUCUCUACAGUCUUUUCUUUGGACUUUUCCUGUUUUUCUAUAAGUUUUCAGGUCUUUAUAUCCUGUCCUUCAUUGUCAUCAUGGUGGGCUUCAUCUUAUAUUGCUCCACUCCAACUCGGACUGCAGAACCCACCGCUUUGCCACAGCCUGUCAGCGCUGGCUUGGACAACGCUGCGCUAAAGAUUGAGGAAAAUGACAGUGAAACUCCUGCUGGAACGGUGCAGUUCACAAGAGGAGAAACUGUAGUGGUCAGCACCAAUUAAAAAAAAAUGGCAGCAUUUCAAAAUAGAGCUUCUUUACUGCCAAAAGUUCCCUCAAAUAUUAAUCUGGAGAAUUGUUCUGUUGCCAGCGUGGUGCACUGAUUUUAAUGCACUGGAUAGACUUUUAAUGCCAGAUUCUCAAUCAGUGAAACUAUUGAUUUACCCUUGCAGAAAAUCUGGCCGUUAGAAGAAGACAGAGGAGUAUUUGUGUUGGGUCUCUGGGAAGCGAGAGACUGUUAUUUUUAAAUGUUUGAUUAACUUAACAGCAAAUGCUUCAGGGAAAACUAAGCCAAAGCAAGCUCUCAGGUCACUAGCUGGAGCAAAUACCUUUUACGUUGCAUUAGGGACCUAAAUCUGCAAGAUGCUGUCUGAGUGCUUCGUUGUUGUUGCCACGCGUCAGUGCUGGAAAGCCACUCAGCUUCUCACCAGAUCUGGUUCUGCAAGCCAUGUCACAUACAUACACCUUUCAAGUGCCGAUGGACUUUAUUCCUCCAUUGGAGGCAUUUGCUUCUUACAUUCCACCCCGAUGGCCAUCUGUUCCGAUCGCUGCAGUCUUUGUUGCAGCUGGGGCUGCUACAGAGAACAAGUAGUUUAUUUUCACUUUUGUUAGUAGUGGAAGUUCGAGUAUGUAUUUUCGUAAUCUCUGCUUCAUCUCAGUAGCCUGUUGUUUGGUGCAUUCCCACUAGGUGGAGGAGACAAAGUCAAGCCCCUCGUCUGUCCAUUAAGAAUUGGAUAUAUUUUUUUUCUGGAUGAGACAGCAGAAGGGUUUCAACUGCUAUUCACUGCUCAGUGAAAUUGUCCUUGAAAUGGGACAUGUUUCUGCAGAAAGAUUUUAAUAAAAUUGGCAUUUCUUAAAAAAAAUAGAAAAGUCUUAGCUAAUCCUCAUAACAACAAUAAUGACAGUCUCCAAAAUGUUAAGUGCUUUCACUAGAUUAAUUGGCAGUUUUCCUUCCCCCCACUUUCAUACUUAAAGUAAAUGAUUAAGAUUGAUGUGGCUGCAGUUUUAACAUCAGUAAAACCAUUCCUGGAUCUUUUUUUUUUCUGGUACAAGUCUUCAUGUUUCAGUUGUAUGAAGUGACACUGAAUAAAAUUUUCAAUAGCUGAA